ACUUAAUCUAGACGACAAUGAAGGCCAACGGGAUAUUUUUUAUGAUCGUAUAUUUUAUAUAUUUUUACAAUGUAAAAGCAGCUGUAAACCUUGUUGAGCCUCAAAUAUACCUCCAGAAAAUAGCAAAGCGAGUAGUGGAACUACUCGAAAGUCGAUACCUUACCGGACCAGAUUUGCCCAUCGAUAACUAUACGUCAUCCAUAGAGAUGUCAUCUUACGGAAUCACGCUCAGCGGAAACGUAUCCUUUCAUUCGGCAUUUGUUGCCAAAAUCGGGGCUAUGGAGCUAAAUAUGCAGCGCUUCAAACAUACUCUCCUCAAUGCGGAAGCUCAAAUCGAAGCCACCAUGCAGUGGAAGAAUGUUGCCACGGCAAUGGAUUUUGAUGCAGAUCUUGAAGGGUUUCAAGGUUCCGGCACUUUACUGGUAACAUACGGCCAUUUCGAUCUUCCGUUGACUACAAAGAGAGUUUUUGCAACUGGUGAAGUUUCUGGAAGUUUAGCAUUCAUGUCAAUUAGCAGUCAGAACGAUAUAGUUGUCGUUGGUCACCCUAACAACGCCCACGUUCAAAUGAUAGCCCGAGCGAUAACCACCAACUUUGAUUUUCGAAACGAUAUGAUAGAACCGUUUAGGCGAUGGAAUUUCAUCAACAUAUUAAAUGUAGCUUUAGAAGAAAUUCCUUUUCCAGAAAUAUGUUAUAAUUGUUAAACUACAAGCAUUUGACUAAGAAUAAAAUAUGAACAGCAAAAUUCGUGAAAUAA